AUGUGUGACAUUCUGAGCGGGCAUGAGACCGACCGACAGCCGGCGGGCUGACCGUGUGAUCCAGCCGCCGCGGGCGGGCUCGCGGGCGGUCGUUGAACCGGAGGAAGCUCGGCGUUAGCUCCGCAUUGUCUCCGCGAGCCGCUGUCUGCGGACCAACGUCACGUUUAUCGACUUCGAUCGAUUAAUUAUUGAUAAAUGUCGGAUUACUUCCCAUCACGCGCUCUGAUGGACGUCGGUAAACGGUCCGGACGGUCCGAACAGGAGCUCCGGUUCCGUCCACGUCUGAAGUUUCGGAUGCCCCCUCAGCCUCAGCACACACCGGACGGGUCGUGUUGGAAAGGUUCGUCCGGGCUCGUUACCGGGAAGAGUGUGUUCACCGACAUGCACUGAUUUACCUCAGCCGGGCGUGUCUACCUGUGCUCAGCUCCGCCUCUCCGUCAGGAACCAUCCAGCAGCUUCCUCUGAGACCGACAUGAGCCGAGACACCUCCAUCACCUCCGUCACCUCCACAUCUCCAUCAGCAGCGUCCUCCGCCUGAGCCCUCGUCCUCCACCCGUCACUGCCCUGGUCAAUAUUUGCGUCCAAACAUGGCGGCGGUUCCUCCUGGCGUCCGGCUGCUGGUGUCCUUCGACAGGGACCAAUGGUACAGAGCUCUCACCUUCGUCCUCACCUUCCUGCUCUACACGAGCUUCCACCUGUCCAGGAAACCAAUCAGCAUCGUCAAGAGCGAGCUCCAUAAGAACUGCUCGUCGGUCGCCGAGCUCGCCACCGCCGCGUCGGGCAGCGGCGGCAGCGGCCUGCAGCCUCCGACCUUGCAGCCCGUCCACGUGGACGUGGACUGCAGCUGGAAGCCUUUCGAUAAGACGAACUACAAACAGCUGCUGGGCGCCAUGGACUACUCCUUCCUGUGUGCGUACGCCAUCGGGAUGUACCUCAGCGGCAUCAUCGGGGAGCGCCUGCCCAUCCGGCUGUACCUGACUGUGGGCAUGCUGAGCAGCGGCCUGUUCACCUGCCUGUUCGGACUGGGCUACGUCUACAACAUCCACAGCCUGGGCUUCUACGUGUUCGUCCAGGUGGCUAACGGCCUCGUCCAAACCACCGGCUGGCCCAGUGUGGUGACCUGCAUCAGCAACUGGUUCGGAAAAGGAAGGCGUGGACUCAUCAUGGGCUUGUGGAACUCGCACACCUCUGUGGGAAACAUCCUGGGCUCUCUGAUCGCAGGUUACUGGGUCUCCUCUAACUGGGGUCUGUCCUUCAUCGUCCCGGGCCUCAUCAUCGCUGCCAUGGGCGUCGUCUGCUUCCUGUUCCUCAUCGAGCAUCCGAACGACCUCAAGAGUUUGUACGCUGCAACUCCUCCAGACACAAGCCCAAAAACCAAAAACUGGAGCGGAGUGAACGGACACACUGACGUGUGUCUGCAGUACAAAGACAACAAAGCUCAGGUGUACUCCUGGUACGAAGAUAGUGUUCAGAACAGGAAGAGUUACGACACUGAGCUGUUGUUGCCUAGAGACAGUGUGUGUGUCCCCGUUCAGCCGGUCGUCGUGGUGAGGAGAGAAUCUGAGCCGUCGCCCAUCAGCUUCAUGGGAGCUCUGCGCAUACCGGGAGUGGUGGAGUUCUCGCUGUGUUUGCUGUUCGCUAAGCUCGUCAGCUACACCUUCCUGUUCUGGCUGCCGCUCUACAUCACCAAAGCAGCUCACCUGGACGCUAAGAAAGCCGGUGACCUGUCCACGCUGUUCGACGUGGGAGGAAUUGUGGGUGGGAUCCUGGCAGGUGUGAUCUCUGACAAACUGGGGAAGAGAGCCUCCACCUGUGCGGUCAUGCUGCUGCUGGCUGCUCCAACCCUGUACGGCUUCUCCAUGAUCAGUGAGCUCGGUUUGGGUCCGACUGUCGGGAUGCUGUUGGUGUGCGGAGGCCUCGUCAAUGGGCCGUACUCCCUCAUCACGACUGCAGUGUCAGCUGAUUUGGGGACGCACAAGAGCCUGAAAGGAAACGCCCGAGCUCUGUCCACCGUCACCGCCAUCAUCGACGGGACGGGAUCUGUAGGUGCAGCGCUGGGCCCCCUGCUGGCCGGCCUGUUGUCUGCAGGCGGCUGGGAUCAGGUGUUCUACAUGCUGAUGGCUGCAGACUUCCUCGCUCUGCUGCUUUUACUACGACUCGUGAUGAAGGAGCUGACCUCGAAUAAACCCCGACCGAUCUCUGCCGUAGAGCUGAAGGAGCACUGACUGCACCUCCUCCACGAGGAGCAGCGAGGAGCAGCGACUGCAACCAACCAACCAACCACUGAAGCCUGGAACGGACUGACACUCCGACUGGAACCAGAAACAUGCCUCCUUCUCUUGUGACCUGUUUCCUAAGAGAUGUCGCCUUACUUUGAUUAUUUAUCGUGCGUGGAAAUCUUUGAAACAGCAACUUCCACGUGCACAUAGAUCCCUACGGACAAAGCGAGCCUGAAAGCACGGCGACCUUUUCCAAACGCACCUGCGAACGUUCAAACAGCCAAUCAGAGGUCGUCGAGAUGAAGAACGCCGUCGUCAGGGUCGCGCUGUUAGAGAGACUGCCUCCGUUAAACGAGUCAGACCCUGUGGAGUCUCUGUAAACUAAAUAUUUUAAUGAGCUUUUAUAAGUUUGUCUGUCGCCACGUGAACGGGCCCGUCCACAGUUUUUGAGAUUUCUGCCUCCGCCCGACAUCGACAGAGGUGAAGCGGCAACAUCUGUCCAGGAAACAUCUGCCAGAGCGACCAAAGCGUGGAUCGGACCGACCAAAGCGUGGAUCAGAACCUGGACUGUC